AGCGCAGGCCCUGCCGGAGCCUAGCCGAGCCGAGCGAGCUCGUCGCCUGGCACCGGCCUGAGCGCGGGCCGGUGUGUCAGCUAGCCGCUGGGCCUGGUCGCAUUGUCGGAGGAAGCGAGCCGCGACCACCGGGCAGCACCGGGAGCCGGUGCCCGGAUCGCCCCUGCCGGGCCUGGGCCCGGCCUGAACAGCCGUAGGUCGCGGAGUCUGGAUCGAAGAGAAAAAGGAACGAGGAUUAUAUCUAAUCGUGGAGUGGGCUUAAAAGCGCGAAGAGUGGGGACGUCACCUGGGAUUGGGCAGAGGUGCCUGCAGCGUACUAGGCCAGCUUGAGCACCGGAGAGCCUGGCAUGCCAGCCGCUCGGCCUGGGUUUGGCCGUGCUGGAGCCAGGAGCACAGCAUAGCUCCCAGACCUUAGCUGGCACAGGCCUGGGACAAGAAGCAGUGUCCUCACCUAAGACUGGGCCCAGAAUCUGAGGAACUGGGAUCUGGCCUGGCCCAGAGUGGGACUCUCUGGUGGCCCAGAGCUGGUCACUGGGGAACUGUCCUCCUGCCCCAUACCCACUGGUACGGAUGUGUCGCUGCCUGCUGGAGCACCAUGAUGGCAGGAUGACCUCAGCAGAGGCAGUGGCAGCAACUAGUGGUGCACGGGUGGCUGGGUCCCCCGAGUGGCGCCCCGACACCCCCCAGGCCCUUGGGCAGCCUGGCCGGGCCCGGGUGGCAGUGGCAGCGCUGGUGUGGCUGCUGGCAGGGGCCAGCAUGUCGAGCCUCAACAAGUGGAUCUUCACUGUGCACGGCUUCGGGCGGCCCCUGCUGCUGUCUGCGCUGCACAUGCUGGCAGCAGCACUGGUGUGCCGCUGGGGGGCACAGCGUCCCAUGCCCCGCCACACCUGCCGUCAAGUGCUGCUGCUCAGCCUCACCUUUGGUACCUCGAUGGCCUGUGGCAACGUGGGCCUGAGCUCUGUGCCCCUGGACCUGGCACAGCUGGCCACCACCACCACACCGCUGAUCACGCUGGCCCUGUCGGCGCUGCUGCUGGGCCGGCGCCACCACCCGCUGCAAUUUGCCGCCAUGGGACCCCUCUGCCUGGGGGCCGCCUGCAGCCUGGCUGGUGAGCUCCGGACCCCACCCGCGGGCUGUGGCUUCCUGCUGGCUGCUACCUGCCUCCGGGGCCUCAAGUCCAUACAGCAGAGUGAGUGCCUGGGCCACCGGCUGAGAAGGUGCCCUGUUACAGGAGGAGAGGCUGGACGCGGUGACCCUGCUGUAUGCCACCUCGGUGCCCAGCUUCUGCCUGCUGGCGGGUGCGGCCCUGGUGUUGGAGGCCGGUAUGGCCCUGCCACCUGCUCCCACCAGCUCCCACCUCUGGGCCUGCGUCCUGCUCAGCUGCGCACUGUCCGUGCUCUACAACUUGGCCAGCUUCUCCCUGCUGGCUCUCACCUCCGCCCUCACCGUCCACGUCCUGGGCAACCUCACUGUCGUGGGCAAUCUCGUCCUGUCCCGACUCCUGUUUGGCAGCCGCCUCAGCGCCCUCAGCUACGUGGGCAUUGCACUCACCCUUUCAGGAAUGUUCCUUUACCACAACUGCGAGUUCGUGGCCUCCUGGGCUGCCCGCCGGGCCUUCUGGCAGAGGGACCGGACUGGCAAAGGUCUUUGAGACCAAGGGACCAGCUGGGCUCCUUGGAUCAGCCCCAGCCUGAAUCCAACCUUGGCCAAUGGCCAUGGGAAAAGCAGAGAGCAGGCAGCCACUGGGGCCUUGGGAGAGAGGUGGUGGGGGAGCCUUCUGGAAGGACCAUCUUGGAGGCUGGAAUGGGGAUUCCCAGAGAGAAACCACCUCCUGUCCCUUGCCUGCCUCUCAUCACGGACCUCACUCACCACUGGAUGGUGGGUCCAGACCUGGCACAGUCACUGUGCUUAAGGGACUGAUUAUCACGAUGAGCACCAACUACUACUCCAAAAAUUGCUGGCCAAACUUUGAAGACCUCACCGUGUUCUGAUGACGACGAUGAUGAUUCUUGGCGAUUGCACAAUCCUUCCUCCAGGAAGUGGGGGAGGUAGCUAGGGGGCCCAGGGAAGGGCUUCUUUGUUGCUAGGAUCCCCUGGGGAUUGGGGUCAUCUAUGCCAACUCCAGGCAGCUGCUGUAGCCUCACCCCUAGGCCUCCCAAUUUUGGGUCUUCCAUCCUCAAAUAAACUAUUUUUGCUUG